AUGCUUUCGUUUAAUGAAUUUCAUUCAUGGUUUAGUAUUCGUCCUAUUGAAUUAUUAUUUAUUCUAUCUGGUUGGUUAAUUUAUUCAAUUCUAAUUGUUCUACGUUAUGAUUGGAAUAUCUCAUCAAUUACAUAUUUUCAUUUAUUUCUUCCAUUAUUUUUAACAAAUGCCAUACAUUUAUAUUUUAUUCUUAUCGUUUUAUUACGUAUAUGGUUUGAACAAAAACACCGAACUAGUCUAACAGCAACAUAUACAUGUCGAUUAAUUAUACAUAAAUUAUUUUUACAUAUACCAUUAAUUAUUUGUUUAAUGAUAUUUAAUUAUUUAUUAUAUAAAGCAUAUCUUGAUAGACAAAUUUCAUCAAUAAAUUUGUAUAUUCAUUGUCUAAUACCGUUAUAUUUAUUAACUGGUUGGAUGUUUUUAAAAAUAUUUCUUUGUAAAAAACAAAAUAAUAUUACAGUUGUUGUACAAUCAUAG